CUAAGAACGACCUUCACCAAUGUGAAUAUCAGGUUACGAGGUAACCUCCUAGGCAGGCAAUGCAAUCCCUCUUCUACCAUCCGUACAAUCCUCUCCUCUCGGGGCGAAGAAGACGUCGACAUCUCUCCCGCCUAGACCGCCUCAUCAUAGGUAUACGCUCUCCGCCCACCCGCAUCGAAGCAUCGUAGCAUGCUCGCUCUCCAGCGACCUUGAGAAUGGCAUCUCGCGCUCUGCGGCUCGCGCGCCCGUCCCUCGCGGCACUUCGGGCGCUGCCCUUCCUUCCGGCCUCGGCUCCCGUGCCCCGACACCCGAUCCAGCGCCGUCCUCUCCACCACUCUUCUUCUUCUUCUUCCUCCUCCUCCUCCUCGCCGCCCCACGACAACAGCAACACCAGCACCAGCAACAACCUCUUCCGCUCCGCGCCCGCCCCGCCGCGCCUGCCGCCCGAGCAACAAGCCGAGUUCGAGCGGCUGCAGCACGCCGCCGGCACCGAGGAUGGGUUCGUGCCGACGUCGACGCCCGGCUCCGGGGCUCCUUCGCCUUCGUCUGCCCUGCCGCUACCGCUGCGCCAGGGCGCGCCGCCCGAGUUCGACGGCGACGUCAACCCGCGCACCGGCGAGGUCGGCGGGCCGAAGAACGAGCCGCUGCGCUGGGGCCCCGGCGGCGACUACAGCUUCAACGGGCGCGUCACCGACUUCUGAGCCCCGCCCCUUCCCGCCCGAUUCGGUUCGAUUCGAUUCCGGCGGCUACGUCGCCGGGGAGGAGGGGGGGGGGGGGGGGGGG